GUGGCGCGCACGUUACUCCCCACAGCCAAGCUGCUGCUGUCGGAGAAAGCUGCAGAUGUCCGGCAGAGCGCCAUCGAGGCCUUCACGGCCUUGGCCUCUCAUCUCCGGGGUGGCGACUGCGGCGACCAGGUGCUUAUGCCUGUCAUCGCGCUCUCCCAGAGCAACGAUGAUGAGGA